AGCAUAACUGAGUUUCUCCCGAGUCUUGAGUACUUAAAACGAUCUCGUUUUCCCUCUCUAUCUUGACGAACGCACUGUUUCUCUGUUUUCUCUUACUGAUUCAGCAAGAUUAAUUAAUUAGAGAUGUCGAUGGCGAGUACUGUAGAUGCUACCGGGAAUCCGAUCCCGACGUCGGCUGUUCUGACGGCAUCAUCGAAGCAUAUAACGUCGAGAUGCUUCCAAGAGAAUAUUGAGUUUCUUAAGUGCAAAAAGAAGGAUCCGAAUCCUGAGAAAUGCCUUGAGAAAGGCCAACAAGUUACUCGCUGCGUCCUUGGCCUGCUCAAGGAUCUUCACCAAAGGUGCACAAAACAGAUGGAUGAUUAUGUUGGCUGCAUGUAUUACCAUACAAAUGAAUUUGAUUUGUGUCGCGAACAGCAACAAGCAUUUGAGAAAGCUUGCCCUUUGGAAUGAGUAGACAACUGAACUUGUAAUGCCAUGUUUUGCAAUAAUUUAGAGCAGCUUGCAAUGAGCGUACACUGAUGUUGCCUACAUUUUUUCUGAAUUUUGGCGUGAAUUGUCACCGUUCUGCUAAGCUCGGAAUGUUUUUUGGCAAUUGUUUCCAAUUAAAGUGGUCCUUAAACCUCCUUUCAGAGUUUAAGCACAUACGCUUAUUACAUAAUAACUUGUCUUUUAAAAUAUUUGGGAUAGCUGAUA